UCUGGAUUGUGGCGUUGUUGAUCACCCGGGGUGAGUCUCCAUUUCCCUACAACUUCGAGAGAGAGCAGUCCUGGUUGAGGAUCGCUGCUUAAGAUGGCCCGGAGCUCUGCGUCCCUCUGGCUCCUGGGGCUGCUGGCGAUCGCCCUAUGGGAGAGUUCCGUUGGCGCCUCCUCCCACUCCCUGAAGUAUUUCUCCACCUCCAUCUUGGACCCCAGUCAGGGGCAGCAGCCCCACUUUGUCUCUGUGGGGUACGUGGACGAUCAGCUUUUCAUUCACUACGACAGCCACAGCCAGAGGGUGAAGCCUCAAGUCUCCUGGAUGGAGAAGUUUGGGAAGGACAAUCCCCAGUACUGGGACAGUCAGACCCAGAUAUCACGUGGCACUGAGGAGAUGUCCAGAGGAGACCUGGAGACUCUGAGGAUUCGCUACAAUCAGAGUGAAGGCCUUCACACAUGGCAGCUGAUGUAUGGCUGUGAGCUGCAGAGAGACAAGAGCAAAAGAGGGUUUUAUCAGUAUGGCUACGAAGGGAGGACCUUCAUCACCUUCGACAAGGAGACCCCCACCUGGGUGGCUCCCGUCCCCCAGGCCCAGAUUACCCAGAGGAAAUGGGACGCUCUUCCAGCACAAAAUCAGUACAUAAAGUCCUACCUGGAGGAGGAAUGCAUUGAGUGGCUGGAGAAGUACCUGUCCUAUGGGAAGGAGACGCUGCAGAGGACAGAGACCCCAAAGGUGACGGUGAGCAGCCGGACGGAGGUGGAGGAUGGGAUGGAGAUGCACAUCUGCCAGGUCCAUGGCUUCUACCCCAGGGACAUCGAUGCCUCCUGGAGGAGGGAUGGGGAGGUAUGGCUGGAAGAGACCUUCCAUGGGUCUGUGGCCCCCAAUGCGGAUGGGACCUACCACUACUGGCUCAGCAUCCGGAUUGACCCCAAAGAGAGGAGCCGCUAUCGGUGCCAUGUGGAGCACGAUGGCCUGCAGAAGCCUCUGGACUUGGAGCUGAAGGAACCAACCAAUUCAAAAUCCAACCUGGGGCUCAUCAUUGGCUGCGUUGUGGCUGCCCUUGUCCUGGCGUGUAUUGGGAUCCUGGUAUUCUUCAAAAAACGUCAAGAUGACUACAAAGCAGCACCAACAAGUGACAGAGGAUCCAGCAGUUCAGACCAGGGGAGCAACCAGACUGUUUAGCAGCCCCCUUGCAGGGGAGACGCCCAGCAUGAGGAGAGAGGAGAGAAGAUGGGAUCGGCCUCCUUCUGAAUUAGGCCGGACUCUCAUGCUGCAUGAGAGAACCAGGAGAGAUUUUGGGGUCUUUCAUCACUGCUUUUAUCACUGAAUCAGUAAACUGUUUCUAUUAUGAUUGAGGAGCAGAGGAGAAAAUAAUAUAUUGUGUGUUACUAAUUGUGCAAUCAAAAGAUUUCAAAUUGGGUUUCAUAGAUAAUAGUUUAUCAUAGAUAAAUAGGUUGCAUAACCCCCUUAAUGGGCUUUUGCUGAUUAGUCCUAGUGGAUAGAGGUUGGAGGCUAAAGAUGAGAUUUUAGAGAUGGGUUUAUAGAGAAUGGGGUGAGGAAUCGGAUGAAGAAUUUCUUGGUUUUACU